UGGAGUCAGACUAGAUUCCUCUCUGUCAGUACUGUCUAACCUGUAAGGUUAUCUGAUCGGGUAUUGAUCCAUUGAUCCAUUGUCAGGUGUGCUAGAGGGUCUGUCCGCUCGGUUUAUUCUUCUCAUUGUCUUUAUCCACCUGUGGUAGAAACAUGCUGCGUGUGAGGGCGGCUGUGGGCCAGUCUGUGAGGAGGUUCAGAACGUUCCCUUGUGCAGCUGUAGAGGUGAAGAAUGAGCCGAUCCUGGGCUUCACGGACGGGAGUGCAGAAAGAAAAGAGCUGCUGAAGGCCUUAGCCGGUUUGAAAGGGAAGACGGAGGAGAUCCCAUGUGUGGUCGGAGAUGAACAUGUGUGGACCAAAGACGUCAGAUACCAGUUAUCUCCGUUCAAUCACUCCCAUAAAGUGGCAAAGUUCUGCUAUGCUGACAAGGAGCUGAUAAACAAAGCUAUCCUGGCAUCUGUGGCAGCGAGGAGAGAGUGGGACCUGAAGCCCGUCCAGGACCGAGCCCAGGUCCUCUACAAGGCGGCCGAUGUCAUCAGCGGACCCAAGAGGGCAGAAAUCAUCGCCAAGACCAUGAUUGGGCAGGGUAAGACGGUGGUCCAGGCGGAGAUCGACGCCGCCGCAGAGCUGAUUGACUUCUUCAGAUUUAAUGCCAAACAUGCCGUCGAGCUGGAGAAACGGCAGCCGUUGGAUGCCGAGGGAAGCACAAACACCAUGCUGUAUCGUGGACUGGAGGGGUUUGUAGCAGCUGUGGCUCCUUUCAACUUCACUGCUAUUGGUGGAAACCUGGCAGGUACGCCAGCUCUGAUGGGUAAUGUGGUGCUGUGGAAGCCCAGUGACACUGCCAUGUCCGCCAGCUACGCUGUCUACAAUGUCCUGAGGGAGUGUGGAAUCCCUCCAAACAUCAUCCAGUUUCUACCUGCUGAUGGUCCGGUGUUCGGAGACGCCGUCACCGCCUCCGAGCACCUGGCGGGCAUCAACUUCACCGGCAGCGUCCCGACGUUCAAGCGUCUUUGGAAGCAGGUCGCCCAGAACCUGGACUCCUACAGGAACUUCCCUCGACUGGCAGGAGAGUGCGGCGGUAAGAACUUCCACUUUGUCCACAAGUCAGCGGAUGUUGAGAGCGUGGUGAAGGGAACGAUCCGCUCAGCGUUCGAGUACGGAGGUCAGAAGUGUUCGGCCUGCUCCAGGAUGUACGUACCAGAUAGCAUGUGGCCGCAGAUCAGAGAUCAGCUGCUGGACAUCCACCGGCAGCUCAAAGUGGGAGACCCCGUUGAAGACUUCAGCACCUUCUUCUCGGCCGUGAUCGAUGACAAGUCGUUUGCUCGGAUAAAGAUGUGGCUCGAUCGCGCCAAGUCCUCCUCUAAUUUAAAAGUCAUCGCCGGCGGUAACUGUGACGAUAGGAAGGGUUACUUUGUGGAGCCGACCAUCAUCGAGUCCACGGACCCGCGGGACCCCAUCAUGAGCGAGGAGAUCUUCGGGCCUGUUCUGUCAGUUUAUGUUUACCCUGAGAACAACUACAAAGAGGUGCUGCAGCUGAUCGACACCACGUCCCCGUACGCUCUGACGGGAGCCGUGUUCGCUCAGGACAAGAAUGUGAUCGACGAGGCAGCUAAAGCCUUGAGAAACGCUGCAGGGAACUACUAUGUGAACGAUAAAUCCACCGGCUCCAUUGUCGCUCAGCAGCCAUUUGGGGGCGCCAGAGCUUCAGGAACGAAUGACAAACCCGGAGGUCCACACUACGUCCUGAGAUGGACGUCGCCGCAGGUGGUGAAGCAGACCCACGUCCCCCUCACAGAAUGGAAGUACACCUAUAUGGGCUGAGUCCAGUACUGCUGCCUGCUGGUCUAGUCCGAGCCCUCCCUCCCUCCCUGCAUCAGCUGAUUCUCUAAUCACAAACAGCUCACACAUGUAGACUCCUGUGAAAUGAAAUGAGUCUUUGCACUGGACCUGGACAUGAAUGUAUUUGAGGAGCAGAAUCAGCAGCAGAGCGGUGAGAAAGUCUUCCGUCCAUCAAACUGGAGCUUCGUCGUGACGACCCUCUGCACGCUUUAUCUGACCGUUUGUCUGCUGGUUCGUUAAUUAGUCAUUGUCCAAUGAUGUUAGUGGUCAAAGGCUGUCAACUAUUGAUGCUCAACUAUAAAUCAUUGAAUUUUUUAAAUUGGAAUCAAUAUUAGAGUUCAAUUAGUAAUUUAACUGACUAGUCAAAAACAUUUUUUUAAACUUCUUUCUGCUUUUCCUACUCUUCUAUGAUAAUAAACUGGAUGUCUUUAUGUUUCGGACUGUUGGCUGGACAAAACAAGACAUUUGAAGAUUUCAGCUUUAACGAUUAAUCGAGAGAAUACCUGAUAGAUUAAUUGAUAAUGAAAAUAUUUGUUAGUUGCAGCCCUACAUCAAAUUGAAAUGUUAUUUUAGGUCAAUAUCGGAGCAUAAAAAGUGUUCCUCUAUGUUACGUCUCUGAACACAAAGCUUAAUAAUGUCUCAUGUUUGUUGGUUUUAAACACGCAACAAAUUUCUAAUAAUGAAAAUAAUAAUAAUGUCUGUGUGAAACAGGUUGUUUCCUCUUUUGUCCUGAUUUUAGAUUUUUUUGUGUCACAGUAAAAUGUGUUCAACAAGCCAGAUUAUAAGAGACACACACAGCAGGUAUUUGCAGUUUAAUUUAAGUCAGCUGUGAAACUAUCUUAAAGAUUGAAUGCAGCUGACUUUAACAUAUAAGCUGCUGUGAUGUCCCCAAAUGUUGAAAUGUCACUUUUACAUUUUUAAAGUGCUGAAAAUGUUUCAUAAUUACUUAGAUUUCUGCUGGUUUGUCUUUUAUCAAACAGAUUGAGUAACACAUAUUUUUGUAUUCUAAUCUUUUGCUGCCCUAAAACAAGUGCAGCUGAUCUAUAUUUUCAGAACGUGCCUGCCUUAGGAACUCUGUGAAUUCAGAUAGUUAAUUUUUGACAAUAAAUAUUAAAUUAUUACUAUCCAAA